AUGGCGAGGCGGGAGGGUCCGAUGGUCUUAAGUAUGGUGCUGCGAGUACGGCCAAUGACCGGGGUGAUACCAGGAGGAUCAAGCUUUUGGGCUGAAGUCGAUAUGCGUAUGCGAAAACUGCAGCCGGGGGACAUGUUUGGCGGCACCCGCGUCGGUGGUGGGAGGGAAGAGCUUCUCGUAGAUGGGCGUUGUGCAUACGGGUACAUGGCGUGGUGCGGAAGAAGGUUUUCGAACAUCUUUGCAUCAACUUCGACUUGCUCUCGAAUCAAGCGCGCGCGAUCUAUACUGUUACACGGCACGGUUUCAGUCACCGGAUAG